AUGGUAGCUGUUGAGUUGAGGGGAGACGAGGGAACGAACAGCAUUGCUGAUCAUACGAAAGUCAAUGUCACUUUUUUAGAUCCUGCCAAGCUACUAGGAAGUCAAAACAAAACUUCUAAUACUGAAGCUGUUGUCAACUACAACAAAAACAGUUAUGGUGGACGCUAUAGAGGAGGAGGAGGGGGAGGGGGAGGCGGUGGAGGUGGAGGUGGAGGGGGAGGGGGGGGAGGGGGGGGGGGUGGGAGUGGAUGGGGAUGGGGAGGAGGAGGUGGUGGUUGGUAUAAAUGGGGUUGUGGUGGGAAGGGGAAAGGAGGAGGAGGAGGAGGCGGCAGAGGCGACUACAAGCUCGGAGAGUUUGCACAAUGCAUGGGUAAAGGAAGGUGUAAAGGCAUGAGGUUAGAUUGCCCUCUUCAUUGUGGAGGCCCUUGCUUCUACGACUGCCAGCACAUGUGCAAGGCUCAUUGUCGACGUCCCUGAUGAUUGAUGAAAGAGUACCUUUCUUUUUGGUGUUUGUCAGAUUAGGUAGGUUGAUUUGUGCCCUCUUUAAGUAAACGAAGUGGUGUGUGAUAAGAGUUUUUGGCAUUUGGAUUUUUGUACCUGUCUUCUUUACAUUGACUUGAUGCUGUUUUUGAUGCGGAGUUGGAAAACCUGAUGACUCUGUCUCACCAUAUGUUGCAUGCAUGCAUGCUGCUUGGCAUAUGGAUGAUGAAACUUUUGGAUAUGGCCUGUCAUUCAUCGAAGAUACAUGGCUUCAAAAUUCUAAUGAGAGUUUAGAUUCAUUUUGCUAACGUGAAAUGGACGCAGAAUGAUCUUCUGAAUUCUGAUGGACAUGAUUUUUCUUU